AUGAUGUUAAGGAUAGAUACUGACUUCACAGAGAAAAUUAUUCCUGUUUUACAAGUCAUCCUAAAAGUGAUUCUCCUCCUGGUAUUUCUCUUUUUUUUUAUCUGCUCCUUGGACAUUCUCAGCAGUGCCUUCCAGCUUGUUGGAGGAAAAGUGGCUCAUGAACUUUUCUUUGAUGGUUCAAUAUUUUACCACCCCAUGGCCAGUUUGAUGGUGGGUGUGCUGGUGACUGUUUUGGUGCAAUCUUCCAACAUGUCCAUAUCCAUCAUUGUCAGCAUGGUGUCCUCUUCAGUGUUGACAGUAAAGGCGGCAAUUCCCAUGAUGAUGGGAGCCAAUAUUGGGACUUCAGUUACCAAUACAAUUGUGGCCCUCAUACAGGCUGGAGACAGGGAUGAAUUUGGAAGGGCUUUUGCUGGAGCUACUAUACAUGAUUUUUUUAACUGGUUGUCAGUGCUGGUGCUGCUGCCUCUGGAGGUGAUCACAAGCUACCACUACCACCUCUCCAAUAUUAUAAUGAAAUCCUUUAAAAUCCAGAGUGGAGGAAAAGCCCCUGUACUCUUGAAAGCCCUCACAGGUCUCUUAACAAAACUGAUCAUCCAGCUGGAUAUAAAAGUCUUCACUGAAAUUUCUGCAGGACCUGAGGAAGCAAAAAACAACAGGCUAACAAAGAUUUGGUGUAAAACUUUUGAAAAUGUGACUUUUAGCAAUGUUACCAUUCCCUCACCAGAAAGCUGUACCUCUCCCACUCUCUGCUGGACUGAAGGGAACAUGACCUGGACCCUCUUGAACACAACCUAUAAAGAGAACAUUGAAAAAUGCAGACACUUAUUUGUGAACACCAGCCUCUCUGAUUUGGUCAUCGGAUUCAUUCUUCUUCCCCUCUCCUUGCUUGCCUUGGGCACAAGUUUGAUCUUGCUUAUCAAGGUCUUGAAUUCUGAGCUCAAUGGAUCAGUUGCUGCAGUGAUUAAGAAGAACAUCAACAAAGAGGUCCUGGAUUUCCCCUUCCCAUUUACCUGGCUGGCAGGCUACCUUGCUAUUCUUGUUGGAGCUGUGUUAACCUUUUUUGUGCAGAGUAGCUCUGUGUUCACCUCUACAAUCACUCCUUUGGUGGGCAUUGGUGUGAUCAGUCUCGAGAGAGCUUACCCUUUAACGUUGGGCUCCAACAUUGGCACCACCACCACUGCCAUCUUGGCUGCAUCAGCUAGUCCUGGAAAUACCUUACAAAAUUCAUUCCAGAUUGCCCUGUGCCAUUUCUUCUUCAACAUCUCUGGGGUCAUUCUAUGGUACCCAGUUCCAUUCACACGCCUGCCUAUCUAUCUUGCCAGAAGCUUAGGGGAUAUCACAGCCACCUACCGUUGGUUUGCCGUUAUCUACUUGAUCUUCUGCUUUUUCCUGGGUCCGCUGCUGAUGUUAGGAUUUUCCCUGGCUGGUUGGCCUGUGGUGAUAGCUGUAGGGAUACCCAUGUUAUUUAUAAUUUUCAUGCUACUAUUCAUCAACUCCUUCAACGCCCUUUACAUAUUGCCUUCGUGGAUGACAUCCCUAGAGCCCUGGGGUAAUCUGAUAUCUAGAAUCAGAAUCCGAAAUAGGCAGUAG